AUGAUAAGGAAUCCCUUUGGAAUGGGCGAUGAUGAAGAGGAAGAAGAAGAGGAGGAAGAAGAGGAAGAGGAAGUACUAAUACCCGAGGAGGACCGCAUUCCCACACCACCACCCGUAGACUGGGAGCCCUGUGCGAUGCCUGAUGAUGCCGUCGAUCUCUGUGACUUCCACGUCAUUGGAGGCGUGUUUCAGUUUGACCUACUGACACUCCCCAGACAGCCGAAAACCGGUCGUGGCUGGUUGAUAACCACAUGCGUUGUGCCUCCAAAACUGACGCCCUUUGACUAUGUCGUAGAUCGUCCGGAUGACGACGAUGACGAGGAGGAGGAGGAGGAGGAAGAAGGGGAUGCUGAAACUGAAGAGGCCGGUGAGGACGAAGAGGAGGAGGGAGAGGAAGACGAGGAGGAAGAAGAGGAAGAGGCACAAGAUAAGCAAGGAGCCGAGGGCGGUGGCGAAGCGGCAGCUGUGGCAGCUCCAGCUGCAGGAGGUUGGUCGGGCACCGGAGACUUGCACAGGCGUCUGUCUCGUGUGCCGAGAAAGAUAUAA